GUGAUUGCAGGUGAAGCAAAGAGGAGAAGACGAAAAGACGACUACCUUUGGGACUUCAUAUUCUGCCUGCACAAGAGAUCUCCGAAACCUGGGUUAGGGUCAUAGGGGUCGUCAAGCCCGUUCAGUGCCUAAUUCCUUUCAGGGUGCAUCGCAGCAGGCCCUGUUGUCAACACCGCAAACAUGCAGCUUGGUCUCGCUGGCAAGGUCGUCCUGGUCACAGGCGGAACCAAAUCUAUCGUCCUCGCCAUAGUCAAGGCGUUUGUCGCCGAAGGCUCCAUCGUGCAUUUCUGCUCCCGCACAGCCGCCGAUGUCGAGCGUACCGAGAAGGACCUGUCAGCCCCGCCGACAGCUCAGGCCCACGGCUCUGUCGUGAACGUCAGCUCGCCCGAUGCCAUCAAGACCUGGGUCAGCAGCGUCGCAGCAAAGUCCAACGGCCGCAUCGAUGUCGUCGUGUCCAACGUAUCGGCGCUCAGCGCGCCCGACACGCAGGAGAGCUGGGACGCGACCUACCAGACCGACAUCAGGGGCACACACACGCUCAUCGAGGCCGCCCUGCCAUACUUGAAGGAGUCUAAGGGUAACAUCGUCAAUAUAUCGUCCGUGUCAGGCCGAUAUGUGGAUUUCACCGCACCUGGUCCCUACGGCGCGUGCAAGGCGGCGUUGCUGCAUUAUAUCAGCGGACUGGGGCACUCCAUUGCCAAGGACGGCAUGCGCGCGAAUUCUGUGAGCCCAGGGAAUAUCUAUGUGCAGGAUGGUUUUUGGGGACAAGUGGAAAAGGGCAAGCCGGACUUUUUCGCACAGCAGAUAUCGAAUAACCCGACAGGACGGAUGGGCACGCCGGCAGAGGUUGCUGAUGCGGUAUUGUUUCUGGCUAGUGAGAGGGCGACUUUCAUCAAUGCUGCAAAUUUGUUGGUGGAUGGAGCCGUGAGCCCUGCGAUCCAAUUCUAAGGACAGAAAAGACCUUUGAUUUCGUUCAAGCAGUGAACGGCGCGAGGUUCUGAAACAAUCAACAUUCGAGUAAGCUG